AUGGGCGUCGACGUCACAUUCCUUGCCGAAGGAGACGGUGCCACUUUCCCGAAACGAGGCCAGACCGUCACCGUGCACUACACAGGUACAUUGACUGAUGGCAAGAAAUUUGACUCGUCACGCGACCGUAAUAAGCCUUUCAAGUUCAAGAUUGGAAAGGGAGAAGUUAUCAAAGGUUGGGAUGAAGGAGUUGCCCAGAUGAGUAUUGGUUCUCGUGCUAAGCUGACAUGUACUCCAGAUUAUGCCUAUGGAGCUCUGGGACAUCCUGGUGUCAUUCCACCAAAUGCUACUUUGAUUUUUGAUGUUGAACUCAUCAAAUGCGAAUAA